AUGAAGUUCACGUUGCCAAAAGAUGCAUUUCCUGCCGUCAACUUGUCUAGGAAGUUACGAGAACAAUUUAGUAAUGAAGCAGAUACUAUUGUGAGAGAGAUGGUUGUUGCAAAUGAAGCUUUUAUUUCCCAUGGUUCUAAGUUGGAAUACCCACACUGGAAACUUGUUCGCGCAAAAGAUGGAAUUCAAGUGUUUCGCCAACGAAAAAAAUUGAUCAAUCAGCGCGAUAACGGUUGCUGGAACCCGGUAAUUCAGAGUCCAUCCUUUUCGCAGGACCACACUUUUUUGAGGUAUGACACAGCAAGCGAUAGACAAAUAACGUCGUGUUCAUCGUCUGGAAUUGGUGAAGACACCAUCAUGGAAAGGAUGAGACCACGGGGAGUUGCUUUAAUGGCCCUACACGGAACAAUGGAUGGCACAUUGGAUGACUGCAUGUUCGGAUGUUUUGCCCCCACUAAUGUGGCAUGGAUGUUGCGGAGCUCGCACGUCAACGACCAUCUCGAUGAUGCCCGUAUUUUAGCGACCGUCAGGGGCCCAACUCGUCAAGAUCCCUGCCGCUUUUUUGGCGUCAAAUGGUUUGCUAAGGAGCACCCAGCGGUACUCACGGGUAUUGUGCAGCAAAGAGAUUUUCUCAUUAUAGAGGCUUCGGGCUUCACGCGCGACUCAAAGGGCGAAAGAGUGGGGUACUUUCUUAUGCACUCCGUGACACUGCGUGAGAUCCCUGAGCUUACGCACUUGGGUAUGGUUCGUGGAUUGCUAAGCUUUUGCUACCUAUUCCGCCAGAGUGGGCAUGGCAAAGUCGAUGUGUUUUACCGUGGCUUCUUUGACUCUCGCGGUGCAAUGCCAGGUCGGCUAUCGGUUUCGCUUGCUGCUGCAUCUGCAAUUUGCUGUGCGAAUGGUGUCGACUACGCUUACAUCAAGAAGCUCAGGUGGCUUAUGAACAACUCGCGCAAACAAAACCAACGCGACCUUACAGAUGAAAAUCGAUCGAAUCGAUGCGAAGCUUGUGACAAAAGUCUUGCGAAGCAUUUGUGGUCUAUGUCUGGAACCGGUACGACCUGUCAGAUAUGCCACCUGGUCGUAUGUUCAAAGUGUAGCGUAGCCAAGAAAAUAACCAUGGACGUGUCAGAAACUGGUGUAGUCCAACAGCGCUCUCUUCGCUUUUGCCUCAGCUGUUUGAUGAACGCAAAACAACAGUCUGGCUGGGAUAUGGCACUGAGUAACCUUGAGGCAUCGUCGAGAUCUACUGCGUCUUCAGUAUCAUCCUCAGCGUCGGGCGGGUUACAUCCAGUUUCUCAGAAAGUCUCUUACAGGCGUGAUGGCAGGUCCGAUUAUGAUACUGAGGAUUAG